GACUUCUAUCGACGAAAAUGGCUGAGAUACGACAGAGGAAGCUGAAAAUAUAUACCAGGGCUGACGUACAAACUCACAACAAGCCUGACAGUUGUUGGGUCGUUAUAGGUCGAAUGAUAUACGAUGUUACUGAAUUCCUACAAGAUCAUCCUGGUGGCGAUGAUCUUAUAUUGAAAUACGCUGGGCAAGAUAUUGAAGGUGCUAUGAAAGCCACCAAUGGCAUAGAAGAUCACCCACAUACCCCAGCGGCGUUUGGAAUGAUGUCCGAAAUGAUUGUCGGCAAAUUAGAUUCAGGCGCCCGUAUAGUCGACGAGAAUUGGGUUGCUACCGAUGACUUCGUACCAGAAGAGAGUAAUAUUCAAGAAGACCUCGAAAGAUGUGAGUUUUUGGACCUCAGUAAGCCACUUUUACGCCAAGUUUGGGAGAGCAACUUUAGUAAAGACUUCUACUUGGAACAAGUCCACCAGCCUAGACAUCUUAAGAAGAGUGCUAGAUUAUUCGGCUACGAUUUCUUGGAAAUGUUCACUGUCACACCAUGGUACGUUAUUCCAAUAAUCUGGGUUCCUAUCACUUUGUAUCUCUUGACGAGAAGUUAUAUGGAGUUCAGCACGAAGUUCGGGGGCGCCCUUGGCGGUCUUUCUACCCUCGGUUGCUUUCUCACUGGAAACGUAAUCUGGACAAUUUUAGAAUACGGAAUGCACAGAUUUCUCUUCCACGUCGAUGACUAUUUACCUGACAGGCCAUUCUUUUUGAUGUUACACUUCCUCUUGCAUGGUAUACACCACUAUUUACCAGCAGACGGUUUGAGAUUGGUCAUGCCACCAAUCUUGUUCACUGUUUUACAAUAUCCCUUUACACAAUUAGCAUACAAGAUCUUCCCAGGCACGGCGAUAGCCAAUGGUAUUAUAUCUGGUUCAUUCGCGUUUUACGUUCUUUACGACUGUAUGCAUUACGCAUUACACCAUACAAAACUACCAAAUUACCUCAAACAAAUGAAAUCCUACCAUUUGAAGCACCAUUACUCAAAUUUUGAGUUGGGAUUCGGUGUAACUUCAAAAUUCUGGGAUUUGGUUUUCAAAACUGAACUUAAAUAGACUUAUUGUACUUUUCUCGUAGGCUUUUUAAUAUAAUUUAUGUAAUCC